UCGAAUCGCGUGGUGGACGCCACGUCGUCGUCGUUCGGUUCUCCGAUUUCGGUUUUCGCCGGUCACGAGUUUACGAGCUUAGUGGGUGGCCUCCCCUCAAAAACAGCCUAUGCAAAUAUGUGCAUGCAUGCUGAAACAUAAAUUAAAUCGAAUUAAAUCCGUACAAGAUUCAAACUAAAGUCGAAAUAUUAAAAUAAUUGACCUUUUGUGUGUGUGUGUGUGUGACAUCAGUUGUGAAUCCAAUUUCCGUUUCCCGGCUUUGGUUGCCUCAAAAAUUUAAUUAAGCCGAUUUUUCAACUUCAAAAGCUAAGAGGCAAAUUAAUCAGCUAAAGUGGCGCAAAUAAAAAGUAUGGCCAACGAAUCUAGCAAGGAUCAACAGCAAUUUAAUUAAACCACAACAAAUUCACUUGAUUGCAAAACAUGAAUUCGCAAAAAAGCAUCAGCACACGUGGUUGCUGUUAAAAUUCCUUACUUGCAUAAAAUAUGAAAUUCAUAACAUUUUAAUAUUGCCAUUUGCGUUAAUUAAACCAUGAGCAAUUCAAGCCAUUCAAACCGGAGCCAGAAAAAGCAGCUCGCUUAAAAAUGCACACUCCCAAGUGCCGUCGUCCGAGCAUGUCGCCGCCGCUCUGCCACAAGGACUACGCAGGACUCGCCGGCUGCUCGGCGCUGGCUUUUGUCCUGUACCUAAACACACUUAACGCUGGAUUUGUCUACGAUGACAGACGCGCUAUCUUGGCGAAUGGAGACGUGACAGGAGUUCGCCCAUUAUCUCAUCUUCUGCGGAACGACUUUUGGGGCACCCAGCUGGUGGACAGUGGAUCCCACGGCUCCUGGCGACCACUGUGCGUGCUCAGCUUCCGGCUGAAUUUCCUGGCGACGGGGAUGACGCCCAUGGGCUACCACCUGGUCAACGUGCUCCUCCACUGUCUGUCCACGUGGCUUGUGAUUCUGGUGGGGCGAACGCUCCUGCCGUCUCGAGUGGGAGUCCUGGCCGCCGGCGUCCUUUUCGCCGCCCAUCCCGCCCACACGGAGGCAGUGGCCGGUUUGGUGGGCAGGGCGGACUUGGCCGCCUGCGUUUGCUACCUGCUCGCCUACCUCACCUACCGCCGGCACAUGCUGAGUCGGGAAUGGGGAUCCCUGAUUCUCACCAUUGUCCUGGCGCUGGCUGCACUUCUCUGCAAGGAGACGGCCAUCACGGCGCUUCUCCUGUGUGGACUGUGUGAUGUGUUGUCGGGAGUUGGUCGGGAAAAUAAUGAUAAGCGCCGCAUCCGAUCACUCUCCAUUCUGGGUGUUACCCUAUUGUGUGCCCUCUACUGUCGCCUUAGUCUUGUGCCACGUCCCACCGCCUCCUUUUCGGCCGCCGACAAUCCGACGGCCCAUGAAUCCUGCUUUUGGACAAGGACACUCACUUUUCUGUACCUGCCGGUGGCCAAUUUCCGAGUACUCCUUUGGCCACAGGAGCUGAGUUUCGACUGGGGUAUGGAGGCUGUGCCGCGGAUCAGAACGCUUUGGGAUGCCAGAAAUGUCCUGAGCCUUGGCUUCUAUGGAUCCCUGCUUGGAGUACUGUGUGCGAACUCUGGACUCCGGCGUUCAGCCUCAACGAUGGAUUUCGCGGAGAUGGCGAGCAUUUCGCUGCCGCUUUUGAGGCUUGGGGGAAAAAGCUGCCACAACUGGCUGGGCCUUACUUGCAAUUGCCACCAUCAGCUAUCCGCUGCCAGCUAUCGUUCUACGAACCCCACAUCCUCGAAAAGCGCCUUUUGGCCAGCUCCGCUUAUGGCCAUUGCCUUCCUGGUCUUGCCAUUCCUGCCCGCCAGCAAUCUGCUCUUCUACGUGGGAUUUGUAAUGGCCGAAAGAGUUCUCUAUCUGCCGAGUGUGGGCUACUGUCUGCUCUUUGGCCUCGGUUUCGGCAGUCUCUGGAGGAGGGUCAGCAGCUCCCGGCGAUCCAGGUUGAUGCUCCUCUGCGGAUUGGGGCUGCUCCUGGGUGCCCAUGGAGUUCGCACCUUCAGACGCAACUUGGAUUGGCGGGAUGAGGAGCAGCUUUUCCGUAGUGCAAUUAGUGUGAAUCCACCAAAGGCUCUGGCUAACCUGGGAAGUGUCCUGAGCGCCCAGGGAAGAUACGAGGAGGCCAAAGUGGCUCUGAGGAUGGCCCUGGGUUAUCGACCCACCAUGGCCGAUGCGCACUUUAAUCUGGGCGUGGUGCACCAGAAGCAACUAAACUUCAGCUCAGCUGUUGCAAGCCAUCGCAGGGCCAUCGCAUUGCGGCCCCAACUGGCGGUGGCAUAUUUGAAUCUGGGCAUGUCCCUGAUGUCCCUGGGCGACCAUCGCCAAGAAGCCACCUCGGUGCUGCGGACUGGAGCUCGACUGGAGGGACAUGGGGUUCGGGAUCGAGGGGCCCACGAGGAGGCACGCUACACCUGCUACCUGCAACUGAGUGGCCUUUACCGCUCCGAAGGAAGACUCGAGGAAGCUGCUUCGAUGCUGGGAGAAUCCUUAAAAGCUCUGGCCUUGCUGCCUCAAAAGCAGAGGGCCGUGCUGCACUUGCGUCUGGGGGAAAUCCAUGCGGAGCUGCAAAAUUGGGAUGAGGCUGAGCAUCAGCAGAGAUUGGCCCUGCAACUUGAGCCGGAAAAGGGAGCGGCCUAUGUCACCUAUGGCCAGACAUUGGCCAGAAAUGGCAGUCGUCUUGCCGAGGCAGAGUCGUGGUUCAAAAGAGCCCUCCAGCUGGCGCCUUUGGAGGCUAGCUCUCAUCACCAUUAUGCUGACUUCCUAGAGCAGCAGGAACGCCAUCAUGAGGCCCUCAGUCUUCGCUUACGAGCCGCUGCUUUGGCGCCCCACGAUUAUACCCUGCAAUCCUGCGUGGCAGAUGCACUGCGUCUGCUUAACCGCCUGGCCGAAGCGGAGCUGUGGUAUCGAAAGGCUGUCACUCUGCAACCCCUGGCAGCUCAUGCCCAUGCCAAUCUGGGAGCCAUCCUGCAGAUGCGAGGCCUUCGCAAGGAUGCUGUGAAAUGCUAUCACAGAGCCUUGGAACUUCAGCCAGGACAUGCCAUCAGCCAAACCAAUCUGUCCAAGAUGAAUCUACACUUGGACACCAAUAAAUGAGAAACCCUGAAAUACACUUGUUGAGAAUGUAGGCAUACAAAAUUGUAGAUAGGAGAGAGAGAUUAUC